AAAAAAAAAAAAAAAGGCGAAAAGGCGGCAUUUAUAAAGCGGCUACAAACUCUACCAAUUUAACCCUUCCAUAAACAUUUGGCAUUCAACUCCUGCAAAUUUCCCCGAUUUCACCUUUCUCCGCCGCGCGCCGCCCCAUCUCUCUCUCUUCCCACACCGUCUCCUCUGUUUCUCCUUCGCCUUCUUCUCUUUCUGUUUUUGCCUUUGCGCUUUCUUGUGUUUAUUCCAAUCGUCUAAUCAUGGCUACCAGGCUUCAAUUUGAGAACAAUUGUGAAGUGGGUGUGUUCUCUAAGUUGACUAAUGCAUAUUGUUUGGUCGCAAUCGGCGGGUCUGAGAACUUUUACAGUACAUUUGAAUCCGAGUUGGCGGAUUAUAUUCCCGUUGUAAAGACCUCUAUUGGUGGGACUAGGAUUAUUGGCCGAAUGUGUGCGGGAAACAAAAACGGGCUUCUUGUGCCUCACUCGACUACUGACCAGGAACUCCAGCACUUAAGGAACAGUCUUCCUGAUUCAGUAGUUGUUCAACGCAUUGAAGAAAAGCUAUCUGCUCUAGGAAAUUGCAUAGCAUGCAAUGAUUAUGUUGCUCUCACCCACACUGAUCUUGAUAAGGAAACCGAGGAGAUAAUUGCAGAUGUUCUUGGUGUCGAGGUUUUCAGGCAAACAAUUGCUGGAAACAUUCUUGUGGGAAGUUAUUGUGCUUUCUCUAACAAAGGUGGUUUGGUCCAUCCUCACACCUCAAUUCAAGAUUUGGAUGAGCUAUCUACACUACUUCAGGUUCCCCUGGUGGCUGGAACAGUUAACCGAGGAAGCGAAGUAAUUGCUGCUGGUUUGACGGUGAAUGACUGGACAGCAUUCUGUGGUUCCGACACAACUGCUACAGAACUUUCAGUGAUUGAGAGUGUUUUCAAAUUGAGGGAAGCCCAACCUAGUGCCAUUGUCGAUGAGAUGAGGAAGUCUCUAAUCGACAGCUAUGUCUGAAUUCUGCCCAUGUUACUGGUGACUUAAACACCAUAUUGUGUCCUCAAAGUUAUCUUAAAAUUAUCAGAUGUCGAACUCUAUAGGCAGUCUUGCUCCAAAUUUUUGGAAUUCUGGCUGCGAUGGAAUGAACUAUUGAACCGGAAAGGUGUAUUUGUAGAUACUUUGUGCAAUCUGCAAAAUCAUGAAAAGGCUCAAAUGUGAUUUUAUAAUAGUUUGAAUAGAAUAUUUAGUUAUGUUAUUCAUGUUUGGCAAGCAAAACUUUUUUUUCCAACA